GAAGAAGAACAACAACGACCUCCCUCCUAUCCCCUCCCCUUCACCCCCUCUCUCUCAUACUUUCUCUCUUUCUUUAAUUUAGGAAGAAGAAGAAGAAAAUCAUAAAAUAAAAAAAAUAAAAAAAAAAUAAAAAGAAAAAAAAGAAAAGAUUUCCUUUUUUUUUUGCCAUCUUCUCCAUUUCCCUCUCAAAGUGAGUCCACAUAUAAUUUAAUGUUAGUUGAUGAUGAUAUCUCUUUCCAGAAGGCGAUCGCAGAAGAAGCACACUUAACUACAAAGACAACCACAAAGAGAAAGUGAAGCCCGAACCCGAACCCUAAACCCAACCCAACCCAACCCACAACCCGUUCAAAUAAAUAAGAAAAGAUGGGUUUGAUUGUGAAAGCUUGAUUUCGACCAUAUUAUCAGACAACAGACAACCUACAGAGAGAAAAAGCUUCGGAUUUUUCAAUUUUUUAUUUUUGCAGAAUUUCUGAAUUAUUGAAAGGAAAAACAUUAUUUAGUGAAUUACAAACAGUUGAACUAGAUGAUGGUGAUGAAGAAAAGGAUAAUAGUAAUAGUAGUAGUAGUAAUAACAUGGGUGUAGCGCAACCAGUACCAUCAGUUUGUUCUUCGUCAUCAUCGAAGAAGGCGGCGGCAACAACAACAACCACGGCUACCGCUAGUGCCACUCUUUAUCGGUUGCAGUCAAUCAGUAUACCAAUUGAUAAAUAUAGUAGUAGUAGUAACAAUUAUUCUGAAAAUUCUAUGUCCUAUCAUCAUCAUCACCAGCACCACCAACAACAACAACAACCGGCGAAUAUAUUCACCUUCCCGAAUAAUGCAUUCGACAGAUCUGCUGAGCAGGUGACUGUGGCUGCAGCUGCAGCAGCAGCUGCAGCCGAGGAAGUAGACCCAGGAGGUCUACAUCCUGUAUAUGAAACUGCCGGGAUGUUGUCGGAGAUGUUUAAUUUUGGGCACGGAAGCAGCUCGGGGCCCGGAGCGGGCCCCGAGCUGUUGGACUACCGCCGGGCGGUUGCCGGAAUGGGUUCAGCCGACUGGUACGGGAACAGUCGGCAGAAUGAUCAACAUAAUCAUCAUAUUGAAGAAAUUCAGCAACAUCAACAACAACAACAUAGGCAGAUGGGUGGUAUAAGUGCACAUGAUUCAGCCGCAGCCGCCAUGCAGCUUUUCAUGACAAAUCCACAACCAAGAUCACCAUCUCCACCACCACAACAACCACCACCACCACCACCCGGCAUUCAGCCGGGUGGUGGGUUUCACUCCGUAGUGAGUACUACCAACACAACAAAUAAUACUCAUCCUAAUUUUUGGAACAAUCCAGCAGAAUUAGGUAGAAUUGUGGAAGGACAAGGGUUUUCUAACUUAUCACUAUCGUUAUCCUCAUCCUUACAAGCGGCAAAACAGGCGGAGGAGGAAUUCAGACAAAUUGGUGUUGGUGGUGGUGGUGGUCCAGGUGGCGGUGGCGGUGGUGAUCCUCAUAUUAUGUUUUUUAACCAACACCAACCAAAUACUAAUAAUAAUAAUACAAGAGGAGGAAUUGGAGCUACAUCCACAACUACAUCAUCUCAACAAGGUGGUCAUUUCUUUGAGAAUUUGGCUCCAAGUCCACACCACUUGCAACAAGGCGGCGGUGUGGGUGGUGCGUUCGGUGGUCAACAAAUACACCAAGUCCAUAUCGGGUACGGGUCAACCGCCGCUGCCACGUCAUCCUUGGGAGUAGUCAAUGUGUUGAGGAAUUCAAAGUAUGCUAAGCCUACUCAAGAUUUACUAGAGGAGUUUUGUAGCGUUGGAAGGGGUCAAAUUAAAAAGCCUACUAAUAAUAAUAAAUUGGGAAGACAGAAUUCUUCAAACCAAAACCACCCUAGCACUAGCGGUGGUGGUGGUGGCGGCAGUGGCGGUGGAGGUGGCGGAUCUUCGUCGUCGACCAAAGAACCACCGCAAUUAUCAGCUUCUGAUAGGAUAGAACAUCAAAGGAGGAAGGUCAAACUACUAGCAAUGUUGGAUGAGGUGGACAGACGGUACAACCACUACUGCGAGCAGAUGCAGAUGGUGGUAAACUCGUUCGACCUAAUAAUGGGGUAUGGGGCCGCCAUCCCGUACACGGCGUUAGCCCAAAAGGCGAUGUCACGUCAUUUCAGGUGUCUUAAAGAUGCAAUACUAGUACAGCUGAAGAACAGCUGUGAAAUGCUUGGAGAAAAAGAUCCGACCACUAGCUCGGGGAUAACGAAGGGGGAGACACCAAGGUUGAAGGUGUUGGAACAAAGUUUAAGACAACAAAGGGCGUUUCAUCAAAUGGGGAUGAUGGAUCAAGAAGCUUGGAGACCGCAACGUGGUUUGCCUGAGAGAUCGGUUAAUUUUCUAAGGGCUUGGCUCUUUGAACACUUCCUUCAUCCGUACCCAAGUGAUGCAGAUAAACAUCUGUUAUCUCGGCAGACUGGUUUAUCAAGAAAUCAGGUAUCAAACUGGUUCAUCAAUGCAAGAGUUCGUUUAUGGAAACCGAUGAUCGAAGAAAUGUACCAACAAGAAUCCAAAGAAAUGGAAGAAGAGAGAGAAAGAGAGAGAGAUGGAAACCAAACUAGCAGCAGCACCAGCAACAGCAACAGCUUCGCAACACAACAUCAACAACAACAACAGCAAAAUCAGCAACAACAACAGCAAAAUCAGCAACAGCAACAACAGCAGCAACAACAGCAACAAGCAGCAGCAGAAAAUGCACAGAACCCAAUGCCUUCUUCAUCUUCUGUUUCUGUUUCUGCGUUGACAGAAGGCAAAAGAUCCGCUGAUACAAUGACAACUCUGGGCCCACUUCCGAAUCAUCAUCAUGAUCAUGACCCUUCAAUCCUCGCAAUCAAUACGACACAUCAACACCACCAAAACCACCACCGCAACCACCACCAACCACCGCAGACGUCGUCUCACGCGGCGGCGGUUGUAAUCGACGAAACGUGUCACUUCGGCGGCGGUAUUGACAAUGUGGGGCCCACAACUAUGAUAAGAUUUGGGGCUCCUUCUGGUGACGUGUCACUUACUUUAGGGCUCCGUCAUGCCGGAAAUGCGCCGGAGAAAGGUGGUGGUGGUGGUGGGUUUUCGAUUAGGGACUUUGGGAGCUGCUAGCUUAAAUUGUUUGGGAUUUUAUUUUUUUAUUAUAUUCUUUUUUUAUUUUUUUUAAAUAUUUUUUUUUUAAAGAAAAUGAAAAGGCGGGAAAGACGUAAGAAUUGGAAAAAAUAAUAAUGUCUUCCUAGCUUAUAAAAUUGAAGAAAAGGGAAAUGAAAAAAGAAUAUAUAUAAUUAUAUACAA